CCGGACCCGCACCACCCCGCCAGGGCGGCUACUGCGCAGGCACCAGGCUCGGAGACCGGAAGCGGAAGGCCUGUCGCGUCGAGUCGACACCUCAGUGAGUAGUAGCCAUGCGCGUCUUGGAGGAGCCGGGGCCUCAGCCCACAGCGACCCCGUGCGGGUGCGUGAAGCCGGCUCUGGAAACAGGGAAUCUUUUAACUGAACCAAUUGGCUACUUGGAAUCCUGUUUCUCAGCCAAGAAUGGUACUCCAAGGCAGCCAUCUAUUUGUACCCAUUCGAGGGCUUGUUUGAGAAUUAGAAAGAGCAUCUUUAAUAAUCCUGAACAUUCCUUGAUGGGCUUAGAACAGUUUUCUCAUGUUUGGAUUUUGUUUGUCUUUCACAAAAAUGGUCAUUUGAGCUGUAAGGCAAAAGUGCAGCCUCCUAGGCUGAAUGGUGCAAAGACUGGAGUUUUCUCCACAAGGAGCCCACAUCGUCCCAAUGCAAUAGGACUGACUCUGGCCAAGCUGGAAAAGAUAGAAGGUGGAGCUAUAUAUCUUUCUGGAAUUGACAUGAUUCAUGGCACACCUGUCCUAGACAUAAAGCCCUACAUAGCUGAGUAUGACUCGCCACAAAAUUUGAUUGAGUCCCUACAGGACCUUAAUUUACAGAAUAACCAAUAUAAACCGCAAAACACAUCCCGGUCUAAUGGCAAGACUGACAGCUGUGACCAGCGACAGCUCUCAAGGUGUGAUAAACCACAAGCUUGUAGUCACACUAAGGAGAAACCUAAAUGUCCUGAAGACAGAACUUCAGGAGAGAACUAUAUGAAACAUGAUAACUCAGCAAAAAUCCGGCAAAACUCCCCUCAGCACAGGGACAUAGCAGCAGAUUUGGGUUUAGAAUCAAGACGUGAUCAGAGUCUGAAUGUGGCAGAAGAACAAAUUGGCUCAUAUUGCCUUGAGAAGAGCUUUUCAGAGGAAGGUACAGAAAAGAGGCUAAAGAGAGGGAAAGAAGCAGUGAUCACACAAGGAAAUAGUGCAGAGAUGCCACCCGUGGCUCCCCCCUGCCCUUCCAGCAUGGCCGGUGCAGCCCGCCGCAGCGUGGUCCCAGCCUGGGUGAGAGAGGCCCCUGUGGCCACCUUGGAAGUCCGCUUCACCCCUCAUGCAGAGAUGGACCUUGAGCGCCUCAGUUCAGAAAGUGGACCAGAUGGCAGUCAGCCUUCAUUUAAAUAUUUUCAAUCAGCAGAGGAAGCAAGGCAUGCCAUUGAGGCUGUGUUGUCAGCUGACCCUCGGUCUGUAUAUCGACGGAAGCUCUGCCAGGACCGCCUUUUCUACUUUACUGUAGACAUAGCGCACAUCACUUGCUGGUUUGGCGAUGGCUUUGCAGAGGUUCUAAGGAUCAAGCCGGCUUCAGAGCCUGUUCAGAUGACUGACCCUGAGGAGUCCUUGGUGUCUCUGGGAUCGUAAGUAGCGUCCAUCAUGUGUUUAAAACAGCCUAAUUGACUUUGGAUGUGGCUGUUGCAUUAACUAUACAAGCUAAUGAUGUGCCUUCUUUGCAGAAAGAAGCAACACUUUGUGAUCUCACUGCUUUGAUUGAUUAUGGUUGUUCAAAAUAUUUAUUUGAAAAACAUUUUUAAUAAACAGAUUUAGAGAAAUUUAGAGAAAUUUCCGUAUGCUUUUCAUUUGGUUAAUAUUGAAGAAUCCAAAGGUGAUGAUAUCUCAGUGAUUUCUGAAAGAAGUGGAUUGUUUUUGGCACUUGGUAAAACUGGGCAGAGAUCAUUCUAGCAGGAACUUACAAGCUCAGGGGUUCUGUUCAACAGUUUGUAUUGGUUUUCCUGUCUGGAAAAGCUUGACCUCUCUAUUUUAUUAUAAAUCAAACGGAGUUGGGGCACCUGGGUGGCUCAGUUGGUUAAACAUAUGCCUUCGGCUCAGGUCAUGAUCCCAGGGUCCUGGGAUCAAGUGUCAUGUUGGGCUCCCUGCAGGGGGCCUGCUUCUCCCAUUCUGUCUGCCUGCCACUCCCCCUGCUUGUGCUCUCUGUCAAGUAAAUAAAUAAAUUCUUAAAAAAAAGAAAUCACACUGAAUUAACAAUGUCUUAGGAAUCUAACAGAUCAAAAACAAGUGGUUAUAAAGAUCUUUAGAGAUUAAACCCCUGUGUUUUAUAGACUUUGUCAUACACACAUAUGUAUGUAUAUAGUAUACAUAUAUUUAAUCCUGAUUCCAAAGUAAGGACUCUGAUGUUUCUUUGGCUGUCUUUGUAUCAGAAAAGAAAGUCAAAGAAAGUCCCAGAAGUCCAAGAAAAUAAUUACUGGUUUAUUUCUUAUUUAUUCUAUGAGUAUUUACUGAAAACCUACCGUGGGUUAGGUUUUGGUGAUAAAAUGAGAUAAAAACAAGAUGCAGUUCUUGUUGUAAGUCAUAGGGGAGGAGGAAGAUAUGAGUGCAUUAUUGUGUUACAGUUAGAUAAAUAUAGUAAUUAAGUCUGUACAUGGUUCCUGUGUAGUAUGAUGUAGGAAGCAGUUGUAAGAAUGUAUUGCCUAUAGGUGAUUUUGAUGAUGUGAUCUGAGAUAACUGAAGAUUUACGAUCAGCAUAACCAAAUUAGACACCUGUCAACAUGACAGGCUUUCCUAAUCACAAUUGUAAAUCUUAAUAGCUGAUUGAUCAUGGUUUUGAAAUGAGCCCUGCUGCUUGUAGAUACUUGCACAGAGUCAUUUGUGGCUGAUGACACUGCACUCUUGAACCAAACUGGAUUGUCUUGGAGGUUACUUAGAACCUCUCGGGGGAAGUAUCUUUAAUUUGAUUUUUAAAAGAUCUCUAUUUUGAGAUAAUUAUAGAUUCACAGGAAGGUGCAAAAAAUAGUGUAGAGGCCGUGUAUACCCUUCACAUAGCUUCUUCCUAUGGUAACUUAUAUAAAUUGUAGUAUAAUGUUAAAACUAGGAAGUUGACAUUGGUAUGAUCUACCCUUUAUUUUGAUUUUGAUGUCUUUUUUCUUAAAAUUAUUUUGAGACUAAAUCAGGGCUUGAAGCACAAAAUGUUGAUAUUUAAUAUUGAAAAAAUAGUCUGAGGAUGAUACCAUCCAGCCUUCUAGCAACAGGACUAUUCAGUUGUUUGGAGUUUUAACAUACUUUCUCAGGAUUUUAGAACUAAAAUCCUAAAUAUAAUCCAGUUUAGUUCUCUCUGCCCACUCACAGUCAGUGAUGAUCCUUCACCCCUGCCCUUUGUAGUUCCUUAUGUAUGAUAGUGCUCAUUAUUAAAAUGUUCUUCAUUUCUGUGAGAUAAAAUCUGUUCUCUGAUAACUCCACCCUCUAGUGGGGCCACAUGGCAUAAGGCUGAUCAUGCUCCCAUGCUAGCCUGUCAGAUACCAUUCCAGCUCCCUACCCCUCGGUCCUGUCUCUACUGAGCCACCCUCAUUUCCUUCAGCUCUUUCCCAUUUAACAUGAUGUUAAGCCUCUUCCCCAAUCUUUGAAUCCCCUGUGUGAGCUUUUGUCUAUACGCAUGUAUUUUCAGUGUCCCGUUGUGAGGAAAUUUGGAUCUCUAAGUCAUGAACUUCCAUCCCCCAGAAAGACAAAUAGUUUGAAGUAAGUCUUAUAUUCCUUUUUGUUGUGGGAGCUUUAACAGAAGAAGAAAGGGACACAAUACUCUACUAUGCAUAAAUGUUACCUACUUUAAAUUUUAGCCUUUGUUUUUUGGUGCCAGUAGGGGGAGCCCUUGAUAACUGAUUAUUUUCACUAGCUUGGAAAUAAAUUCCAGGAAUUCAAGCUGUUCAGGUAAUUUUGGCUUUCAGCCCACUUACCCCGGCUUUCCAAAACAGUAACUUCCACAAGAUGCUUCCACUGAUGCUUGUCAAUCACAUAUAGGAAGAGAUUAGAGGAUGAGUGCCAUUUAUUAAAUUUUUAAAUUGUAGCUUGGCUUAAGGGCUAGGAUGGAUUAUUUCAGCAUGUGGAGGCUGUGCACAACCAGAUAGACUCAUUAGCCAGACCCAUGAGCAUGUACAUACAAGGUGUUCACUCUGUUUAUGUAUUUGUGACUUUUUUUUUUUGAAAGAAGAGAGUGGAAUUGAAGAUACCAAUCAACCUCUUGUUGGUAGUUUUCGUUUUAUGAUAAUAGUCCCAAAGAAGGUAGGUGAAGACUCAAUAAGAGUGAAAUAUGUAUCAGUUAGUGAACUUCUAUCAUGUCCUUGGCACCGGGCUACAUGCUUCUCAUACACUGAUCAGAGGUUAAGUAACAUACUGAAGCUCACAUAGCUGGUCAGCCAUGCAUUGAGGAUUUCAACCCACCCAGUUUGGCCCCAGAGUUGGCUCCCUUCCCAGCGUGGCUCUGCUGUCUCCCCCAUGCAGAUGCAGAUACACAGCAAACCAUGCUGGUUUAUUUGAGGGUCAGCAGCUUCAUGUGCUUAAUCAGUGCAGGACACUUAGAGUGACGUUCAUGGGAAUCCAAGCACUAAAUAAAGAACGGGGAGGAAUACAAGUAGAAAUGCCUUUUCCUACCAGAUCUCUGUGGAACUUCCUGGGAAGCAGCAUGGGAAAUGUGGAGAAUACUGAAUUUAGCCUCAGAAACUUCAAGUGCCGUUUUCUGCUCUGCCUUGUGCUAGCUGUGUGAUCUUGGGCAAGUCACUGCACCCAUCUCCAAAUCCCUGCCCUCACAGAGUUGUUACAAGGAUAAUACUUGGGAAAGUAUUUUCUGAACUCUUCAGUGGUCUACAAAUGCAGAUAAUAUUUUAAUUGUGCCCGUCAUCAUUGAUACCCUUUCUUUGCCACUGUGCUCUGGCUCACCUGCCUGGACAAGCAGACUCAGGGGAACCAAGGGGUCCUUCAAAUACAAGGUAUGGAUAGCUUCUGUUUUCUUUGUUUAUUACAGAAUUUUUUUUAAAGGACUCCUUUUAGCAAGUUAUAGGAUGCUUUGCUAGGGAGAUAUCACAGAGUGCCCCCACCUUAAGGACCCAGUCAACAUGAAGCCACAUGCUCAGGGCAACAUCUUCCUUCCACCCGGCCUUCCCUUCUAGGAUUGCACAUAUAUCACGAACUGCCUUCCUUGCCUGUGUGUACAAUCAGCAGGUCAACCCCUUUCUCACACUUUUUGACCUUCUUUCCUGAUUCAGCCCAGACGCUUCAGGAAAAUCUCUGCAUUUCUUUUUUAUAAGAAGAUAAAAGUGUAGUCAUGCCAUGAAAUUAUUCUCUAUGACAGAGAACAGGCAAGUCAUAAAAGUUAAAGCUCAAUAUGACAGGGAUUUUCUGCUACUGUUAAAAUAAGGCUCCUAAUAUAGGUAGUCAUCAAGUGACUCUCCAGCAUUCUCUCUAGUCUACUCCCUGCCCCUUCUCCACCUUUGUAGGUUACAGCAGGUGCAGCUCACAGAGGGUUCAAGGUUUAGGUCAGUGCAUGUGACUGUGAACAGGCAUAAGAAAAGCCUUUUCAGUAUCCACAGGAGGUAAAAAUUCAGUGAUCUAUUUUUUGAUGGAGGGAGCCGCUUGCCCAGUGAACUCCCACCACACUAACCAAUCAAAUUUGAGUCAAGGUGUGUUUAUGUUGUGCUGACAAAAAAGGUGGGAUUGGAUGUAACAUGAUGUUAUCCCACCUCUGCUGCCUUGUAAAUCACUUGAGAAUUCUAUUCAGAUUCUUCACUAAUUCAUGAAAUUCAAGAUAUAGAAAGCUUUUUUAUUCAACGUUAACAGUUUUUAUUUAUUUAUUUAUUUAUUUAUUUAUUUUUUAAGAUUUUAUUUAUUUUUUUGACAGAGAGAGAGACAGCGAGAGAGAGAACAUAAGCAGGGGGAGUGGGAGAGGGAGAAGCAGGCUUCCUGCGGAGCAGGGAGCCUGAUGCAGGGGUCGAUCCCAGGACCCUGAGAUCAUGACCUGAGCAACCUGAAAAGGUGUUUUGAGUUUCAGAAAGGUUUUUUUAUAAAUUAAGUUUUUGGGUUAUCACAUGCUUCUAAAUCAGGGACUAUCUGUGUUUUUGAAGGGAUCUAGUCAUAGAGCCAUGUGGAAAAACUUAUAAAUGACUUAAAUACUAAGUAUGUUUUAAAAUAUCCUAUUCAUUUGUGUAAAAUGAGGUUAUACAAAUCGAUGUUUACACACAUGUAGAAAAUUUCUGGAAGGAUAAAUAAAAAUAUGGUUAACGAUGGUUGCCUCUGGGGAUUGGUCUCUGGGGGCUCAUUGAGGAAGGGAACUUUAUUUUUUUCAUUAUGUUGUGAAUUUUUUCUAAUCAUGUACACAUUAUUUUUAUAUGUGGAGCAUAAGGAGAGUAAAAGGUCCUAACUUAAAUAAGUUAGAUUUAUGUAUCUAAAUACAUAACUAUAUGUCCUCUCCUCCUCCCCCCCCCCAAAUCUGAUAAAUAGAGUUAGAGACAUUUUUACUUUUUUCUGGAGCAUCACAUGUGGAUCACAAAACCAGAAAGCACCCAGCUCACACAUCAGCUGUAGAGCUGAGCCAGUUUGAGGCAGGUAAACUGGCUGAGCCUCGACGGCUUGUCCCUGAGGGUGUACUGGCGUUUUCUUGUCUUCCAGAGAGAGGGUUUUGGAUAAGACAUAGUCCCUCCAGGCAGAAAACAGGCACCUAUUCAGAUGGUGUUGCUGGCACAGGGCUGAGCCAUAGAAGAGCACCUUAGCCCUGCAUUCACCCAGCCUGCGCAGUUCAUCCAAUCUGGACUAAGGGAUGGGUCUCUGCUUGUAGGAUCCGUUCACUCAUCAGCUCCACCCACUGAAUCCUCUGGCUACUUGCAUUAUUUAGUAAGCUCACAGGCUAUGUGACUGGUGGGGAUUGCUGUUCCUGCAUCUCCAGAGCUGGCCCUUACCCACCAGAGGAAUGGAAGCUCAGCAAGAAAGGAGAAGCUUGGAGCUGGGGAAUCAGCUGUGCCCAUGGGGUAAGGGGGCUGUGCUGAGGUGGAGGUGGGGCAGACUUGGAGGAAGGGUAGGUUGGCGUGUUGGCAGGUGGCAGAGCAGAGCCUAUGUAGUGGGUGGAGUGGGGCUGUCAAAUGAUUCGGAGGCUCAGGCUCUUGCCUAGGUUGAGGGAGGAGUUGAGGUCAGAGAGAACUGGCAGAGCCAAGGCAGGACCGAGUCCCAGAGGGGUUAGGCAGGUUAUCUAGGCAUCCCCUUGUAUCAGAACUGGAGAUUUUUCUUUCUUAAUUAUUUGCCUAAUAUCCUAUCUUGGCCAAGAUAAAACGUCACAUUCAAAGAUACCUUUCAUAUAUAGUCAGAAAACAUGAGUAUAAAGUGUUUGCAAAUGAUUAUAAGAGGAAAACAAUUGGCAUAAAAUUAGGGAAGUCAAGCACAAAAUGUCCACUGGUUCAUAAGGUGGGAGAAGUUUGGUCAUCAGAGCUUGCCCUCUCCUCCUCUUGGGAAUACUUCUACUACCACAUGAACAAGCCUGGGUUAGCCUACUGGAUAAUUAGAGAUAAAUGGCUGAGUCUCAGCUGACCUUGAACCAGUCACAAUGCAUACAAAUGAAGGUAACCUACAUCAUCUAGCUCUGAAUGUUCCUAGACCAGAAAAACUGCCCAGCCAAUACAUAGAAACAUAAGGGGAAAAAAUUUUGUUUCAAGCACUAAUUUUAGAGUGAUUUGUUACAAAGCAAAAGCUAGCUUUUAGUAUUUAGCUACCACACUCUUGAGGGGAGCAGUAGAAAUCUGGUUUAUCUAACAGGGGGGUUAACAUGAAAAAAGUCCUUAAAUGAUGAAGUGGUCUUUAGGGUAGGAUAGAUUUUUGUGAUAAAAAAUAAUGAAAGAGUAAAUAAUAGCUAAUGUUUGUCAAGCUCUAUGGGUCAGGUAUGGAGCUUUACAUGGUUAACUCAUUGUAAGGAAAGAUGAUAUUAUUUCCAUUGUACAUAUGAGCAAACUGAGGCUCAGGGACAUUUAAUUACUUUAUAGCUAGGAAAGGAUAUAAAUCCCUUAGGAUAUAAAUCCAGAGUCUGUCAAACUGCAGAACCAACAUUCUUAAAUACUAACUUCAAAGUUUUUAGCUAGGAGAAUCUACAAGUGGCAGUUCCAUUAAAAAAAGAAGAAGAAAAAGAGCCAGAAAACCAGACUACAUGAGUUCAUCACCUCUUUCUCUCAAAUCACAUCUCUGAUUUCUGGAUAAGCAUAGCAUGAAUCCACGCAUUUGUUUCUGCUACCUGCUAAAAUCCUGAUAAAUGACAGCAGAAAGGAGCAAAUCAAACCCAAAGUAAGCAGCAGGAGGAAAAUAAUAAAGAUCAAAGCAGAAAUCAAUGAAAUAGAAAACAAAAAAUAGAGGAAAUCACUAAAACCAAAAGCUGGUUUUUUCAGAUCAAUAAAAUUGAUAAACUUCUGGCCAGACUGAUUAGAAAAAGACCCCAAUUAAAAUAUCGGGAAUGAGAGGUGACACCUCUAUAGAUUCUACAGAUAGUUCAAGGGAAUAUUAUGAACAACUUUAUGCCAAUAAAUUUUAAAACUUAGAUGAAAUGAAUAAAAAAAUAUGAAAGAUACCAAUUAUCAAAAUCUAGUUAAAUAAAUAACCUGAAUAGCCCUUGUAUCAAAUUCAAAUUGUAUUUAAAAACCUUCUCACACAGAAAACUUCAGAUGCAGAUGGCUUCACUGGGGAAUUCUAUCAAGAACUGUUCUUCUAGGAAGAAAAAAAAGAAUUCUAAACAAACUCUUUGAAAAUAUGAAAAGGAAUACUUUUCAACUCAUUUUGUGAUCCCAAAAUUACCUUGAUACCUAAAUCAAACAAAACUAUUACAAGAAAGAAAACUACAGACCAAUAUCUCUUGUGUGAGUAUAGUUGCAAAAGUUUUAAACAGAAUUUUAGGAAAUGUAAUCCAACAAUAUAUUAAGGGAUAAUACAUCAUGACUGAGUAAGAUUUAUCCCAGGAAUGUGUGGUUGGUUUAACAUUUUAAAAAAAUCAAUGUAAGUCAUCAUAUUUAUAAACUAAGAAAGAAAAAAACUGGGGCACCUGGGUGGCUCAGUUGGUUAAGCAUCUGCCCUUGGCUCAGGUCAUGAUCCCAGAGUCCUGGGAUCCAGCCCCUCUUUGGGUACCCCGCUCAGUGGGGAGUCUGCUUCUCCUCCCUCUCCCUCUGCCCCUCUCCCCACUUGUGCACACUCUGUCUCUUUCUCAAAUAAAUAAAAUCUUAAAAAAAAAAAAAAACAACAUUUCAGUAGAUGCAGAAAAAGCGCUUGACCAAAUCUAAUAUCCAUUCCUGGUUUAAAAGAACCCUCAAAACUAGGAAUGGAAGGAAACAUCCUCAGUCUGAUAGAGGGCAUUCUCAAAACACCUACACCCAACAUCAUACUUAAUGGUGAAAGACUGAAUGCUUUCCACCCUGAGAUCAAGAACAAGACAAGGAUGUCUCCACACGCUACUUCUGUUCAAUAUUGUACUGGAGGUACUAGCUAAUGCAGUAAGGCAAGAAAAAGAAAGAAAAGGCAUACAGAUUGAAAAGAAAGAAAUAGAAUUUUCCUGUUUACAGAUAACAGAUCUAUGAAGAAAAUUCAAAAUUGACAAAAGCCACUAGAACUAAUAAGUGAGUUUAACAAAGAAAUGGAAUAUAAGGUCAAAAAACAAUAAAAUUUAUCUCUAUGUAUUAGUAAUGAACAAAUAAAAAUGCCAUUUACAUAAACUUAUGAAAUAGGGAUAAAAUUUAUCAAAAUAUGUAUGAUGUCUGUACACAAAAUUACAGGACAUUGCUGAGGGAAAUUGAAAAAAUGGAGAUAUCUACAAUGUUUGUGAAUCAGAAGACAUAGUAUCAUUAACAUAUCAACUCUCCUCAAAUUGAUUUAUAGAUUCAAGGGAAUUAAGUAGGCAGGCUAUCUAAGGCAGGGGGCACUUCAGUGGGACAACCCUGAUGCUGGCUCUGCAUCUCUAUCUCCAAUAUGAACCUCAGUUCAUCAGCAAGCUGCUCUUUAAGGCUUGGCUGUUCCAGAUCUUGGGCAACCAACACUUGGGGUGGGGGCAAUACUUGGCCACUGGAGCCCCUUGGCCACUCAGACAUUCAAUUUCUGAGCAUCUCUCAGCUCACUGACUCUCAGAACAUCUUCCAGUUAUGAUAUAGCAGCUGGAGUCUUCUUGGACUUCCACUGUCUCCCUGGAUUAUAUUACCCUUGAGGGAAUCCCUAAAUUAAUCUCCCAAUAUCCUUUUCCUGAAGUGGAAACUCCAAGGAGAUGCUCCCUUCUAUGGGGCUCCCCUCCAGACAUUCUUUCUGUUCUCUGCCUCUGGGGCACUGCUUCUCCAUGGCUGGAGUCUGUGGGUACACAACACCACUCUUAUCCCUUGGGUCAUGUCCUGCCAUCAUUUGACUGGGAGUGACUCUGGACUGCCUCUCUUGUCCUUCAUAUAGUCACAUUGUGCCACGAUUUGUCCAUGAUGAUGGGCAAAAGUUUGUCUUCUCUUCUCCUUGGACUGAGGGUCCUGUGUGAACCAUGACCAACAUCUCAGGGCCCUCUGGUUUCCUUGCUUACACUGGAAGGCCAGGGAAAGGACUAUCCAGGGUAAGAACUGCAUUUUUUGUGAUCAGCUUGUCUCCAGACCUGUGAUGAAUGGUUUCUUUCAAAGAGCUAAUAAGCAACCUUGGCUUAGCCAUCCCUGAAACAUGGGUGGCUGGGAGAGAAAAGCGGACUGGGAAGAAAUCAUGAUUGGGUCUCUAUCAAUGUAACAAUUUUAUGGAUUCAAGGACCUUGAGAGGUAAGUUCUACCUUGGCUGUACCCCAAACCAUAUAACCUGGACUUCUAGUACUUAUCUAAUGCCUGGAUCAAGGAAGGAAAUCUUCCAAGAGGUAUUCAGACAGUGUUCCUGAUUCAUGAAGGUGCCAAAUUUCCAGUUUCCUAUUAACUAUAGUACUUCGAGGAGGGGGCAGUUGGCAACAAGCCAUGAACUACACACACCUACAAGGGCUCCUGCUGGAGUUAUGGACCCAACCUUUUGUCCAAGUGAAUCUUUAGGGUGUUUUCCAGUUGUAUCUGGUCUAGGUUCUCCCUUGAACCCUUUGAUGAGUCAUUCCGUGAGUGGCAUACCAAGUCACUUUCUCUCUCCUUAGAAUCAGACCCUAGGCUCCUCAUGGGGUAGCUUUCUAAAUACUAGAUUGGGGGUGGGGCACUUCCUUGGGCUAUGCUCCAUACUCUUUGUAGGUCAUUCCCUAGCUGGCACUUUGCCAGGCCCCUCACGUGGAAACUUCCUGGAUGCCUCUAUGUCAUCUGGUCUAGAUCCUUCCCUGCUGCUUUGGCACUUGUGACAGAGGAUUGUGAAGAUCCACGUUUGCCCUUUGGCCAAGAAGUCCCUGCUGGUUUGCUGUGAGGCUGUAUCUGUGCCAGAUGGGCUCAGUGCUGGAUGAAGCUUUGAAGGUGGUGCUCCAGCUGCCUCCAGAUCUCCUUGCUAGGAAAUUCUCCAUCAAGGAUGAGCCUGAUACUUGAGACAGAGAGUCUCCUGUACUGUUAUACUGAGGACUGUUGGGAGCCAGAGAAUUAAAGAUUUCCUGAGAUCUUUGGAACAAAAGAAGGCAAACAUCACAAAUGUUCCAGCUGCUUCUACAAUAAGUGCCAAUCCAGGGAUUGAAUUUCCCUUGGGUGAGAGUCUGUACUUCAUCCUGGGGUCUAGGAAAGGACACUCCACGGGCCCUAACUGGGGCUGAGAUAGUGGGAGAGAAACUGAAGGGGGCGCCUGGGGUAAGGGCUGAGGCCAGUGGGGAUUCUUUAGCCUGGAUAUGAACUGGACCCAUUAGGGAAUCCACUAAAUAAGACAAAGGAAGACACUAGUGGGGAUCAACCCUGUCCAGAGACCAGGACAGUAGCCCCCAAGGACUCUGUACAGAGAAGGGAGACCCUGGGAGAGCUGGUUCCAUUUCUGCUGCAAAGAGCCUCCUGCCUCUCCUCCAGUGUUUGGGGUUUGGGAACUGAGGACUGUGCAUUUAUUUAUGUUACUCCACAAGGGUUGGGAGCCUUCAGUGUCCCAUGUGUCAGCCAGAGACUAAAGUAGUUCCAGAAGAUCUCACUGAUGUGCUUCAAUUGUUUGGGAAGGACCCCUCCUCCUAUUCUUUCUCCUCCAUAAUCUGGAAAUUCACUCCUUUUCUGACUUGUGUAUUCAAGAGCUCUUAGAUAUCAGGACUGAGGGAGAGGCUACCACCUCAAUGCACCUGCUUGCAGAAUCCCCCAGAGACAGGCCUCUGAGAGAGGGGAGGGCUCAGGCAGAGAUGUGGAAGACAAAGGGGACACAGAGGGGGCAGCAUCUUCCCCAGCCUCCCUAAACAUCAGAAGAUCAGCUUCUACAGUCACUCUGUCACGACUCUCCCAGCAGGGAUCUUGCUGCCCUCAUUAAGAAGUUAGCCCAGGUGGCCGCACAAGACAAGAGGUACAAGCUACAGCCGGGAGCAGAGUGGGGAUGGGGGACCCAGCAGGCCUGGCAGGAGUCACAUUCCCCUACAUCACUGACUUCAUGACACUUCUUUCAUUUCUCAUGCAGAAAUUUCUUUCACAUUCCCUCCCUCUAAGUUUGCCCUCACAUGUCAAGUUCGGCUGCAGUGGGGCCCUGGAAUCACAUAGGCCAUGCUAGGAAUAGAAGUACAGGAAACAAGAAGAGACUUACAAAUACCUGCUUUUCCAAAGAGCUAGCAGGUCCCAUGUCACAUGAGCUCCUUUCUGGCAAGCUCUCCAACCUGGGACACCAGGAGACUCAGUCACAUGUGGUGAAGGGAACAGCAAAGGGAUCUUCUAGGACGCUGAGUAAAAUGGUCCUUUGGGACACUAUGGACUCUGAGAUCCCCAAGCAUUCGUGUACAAGAUCAGUCAGUGACAACAACUGACAGGCUCAAGUAUGGAAUAGCGCUUUUUACUUUAUCCCAUCAGAUCCUCAUAACCACGUGUGAGGGACGCAGGCCAAUCUCAACAAGGAAUAUGAGCCUUAGGAAAGUUAAACAAUUUGUCCCAAAUCAGGACCCAAAAGGCGGGUCUCCAGAUAGUCUACCACUGCACCGCCACCUAGUGGGCAACACCCACUGGCCAGCUCCAUCAUUUUUCAUUCCCGUGGACGGGCCUAGCAGAGAACCCAAAAACAUGCUAGGUUCUGACUCCUUCCUGAGUCUCCUUGCUGAGAGCUUUGUUUUCAGAGAGGGGUGGGCUCUAGCAGCUGACAUCCUCAGAGACUGUAGACCUGGGUCUCAUGGAAAGGAGAGACUAAGCUUAACUCUUUUUUAAAUUAUUUAUUUUUAUUUAAAUUCAAUCAACAUAUAUUAGUGGUUUCAGAGGUAGAGGUCAGUGAUAUAUCAGUCUUAUAUAAUACCCAGUGCUCAUUACAUCACGUGUCCUCCUUAAUGUCCAUCACCCAGUUACCCCAUCCGCCCACCUCCCUCCCCUCCAGCAACCCUCAGUUUGUUUCCUAUGAUUAAGAGUCUCUUAUGGUUUGUCUCCCUCUCUGAUCUCGUUUUAUUUUUUCCUCUCUUCCCCUGUGAUAAGCUUAACUCUUGAGAGCUCUGGAAUGACAGGCAAAUGCUCCCUCUUUGUUCCUCUUCUUCCCUCUGCAUUGAUGCUGAAAGAAAAGCAACGAAUGAGGGGCUUGGACUCAAUUCUUACUCUUUCCUCGCUAGGCAUUAUUCAUGGAUAGAU